CGGGGAGAGCCGCGCGAGCCGCAGCCCUGAGCUGGAGCGCGGCGAAGCGUCGCUGUCCCGGCCUGGCCCGCGGCGCGCCCGGCUGCACCUGCGCUAGACCGUAGCCGCUUUGGAAGCACCUCUCCCGCAGUUAUGGAGAAAACAUCUUCAGAUUCACUUCCUCUUACUGUGAAUUCUUCAGAAAAGCAUGAGACUGUAUGUAUUUUUGGAACUGGAGAUUUUGGAAGAUCACUGGGACUUAAAAUGCUGCAGUGUGGUUAUUCUAUUGUUUUUGGAAGUCGAAACCCCCACAUGUCCAGUCUGCUGCCCAGCGGUGCAGAGGUCUUGAGCUAUUCAGAAGCAGCCCAGAAAUCUGACAUCAUAAUCAUAACAGUCCACAGAGAGCAUUAUGAUUUUCUCACAGAACUAAUUGAGGUUCUCAAUGGGAAAAUAUUGGUUGAUGUCAGCAACAACCUCAAAAUCAAUCAGUAUCCAGAAUCUAACGCAGAAUACCUUGCUCAGUUGGUGCCGGGAGCCCGAGUAGUAAAAGCAUUUAACACCAUCUCGGCCUGGGCUCUCCAGUCAGGAGCACUGGAUGCAAGUCGGCAGGUGUUUGUCUGUGGAAAUGACAGCAAAGCCAAGCAACGAGUGAUAGAUAUUGUUCGUACUCUUGGACUUACUCCAUUGGAUCAAGGAUCUCUCAUGGCAGCCAAAGAAAUUGAAAACUACCCCCUGCAACUAUUUCCAUUGUGGAAGUUCCCCUUCUAUUUGUCUGCUGUUCUGUGUGCCUUCCUCUUUUUCUACUGUGUUAUAAGAGAAGUAAUCUACCCUUAUGUUCAUGAAAAGAAGGAUAGCACAUUUCGCAUGGCUAUUUCCAUUCCAAAUCGUGUCUUUCCAAUAGCAGCGCUUACGCUGCUUGCACUGGUUUACCUCCCCGGUGUUAUUGCUGCCAUUCUGCAGCUGUACCGAGGUACAAAAUACCGCCGAUUCCCAGACUGGCUUGACCACUGGAUGCUUUGCAGAAAGCAGCUUGGCUUGAUAGCACUGGGAUUUGCCUUCCUUCACGUCAUCUACACACUUGUGAUUCCGAUUCGUUAUUAUGUACGAUGGAGGUGGAGAAAUAUGACCAUCACCCAGGCAACAACCAAGAAAGAAAAUCCAUUUAGUACCUCUACCGCCUGGCUUAAUGAUUCAUAUAUAUCUUUGGGAAUCCUUGGAUUUUUCCUAUUUGUACUUUUGGGAAUCACUUCCUUACCAUCAGUUAGCAACAUGGUCAACUGGAGAGAGUUCCGAUUUGUCCAGUCCAAACUGGGUUAUUUGACUCUGAUCUUGUGCACAGCCCACACCCUGGUGUACGGGGGAAAGAGAUUCCUCAAUCCUUCAAUUCUCAGAUGGUAUCUUCCUUCAGCCUACGUGAUAGCGCUCAUCAUUCCUUGCACUGUGUUGGUGAUCAAGUUUAUCCUCAUCCUGCCGUGCAUAGACAGGACCCUUACACGGAUCCGCCAGGGUUGGGAAAGAAACUCGAAAUCCUCGAAAUCGGCAUUGAAUGGAAAAACAGAUAUUUAAAGCAAAGUUCAAUUCACCCAGACUUCUAAACUACAUAGUAUGCAUUGUAUGUUUAAAGAAGAAUAAUGGGUACAGUUGAGAAAGCAUUUUUCUCCCACCAUGGCCUGAAGUUUGUGAACAGAGAAGUAAAUGUUGCCUGACUUUGAGAAAUUGACACCGUUUUAUCUCCAGUUAGUAAUAAAUCAGGGCAGGUCCCUGCCUCUCCUUUUCCUGGAGGCAGCAGAGCUGAGAUCACAAUUAGCUUUGUGGUUUCACCCUAGGAAGCUUCUCUGUUGUGGGCAACAUGGCAUGACCUAAUGUCUUGCAAAAUCCAGGGGAAGUACAUGCAACUUCUCUCUCUGGUUCAAGGCCUGAGUGGAGUGAAAGAGAAAACAGUAAGGUGGUGUCCGAUGAUAAAGACUUUAUGAGGUAUGUCUGAAGAAGAGGACCAAAUAAAGUAAAAGGAACGAGAUUUUUUAAAAUUGUUUUUUGGAAGUGAAGGUGAUCAUAAAUAUUACCGUAGUGAAUUCUGUGGUUAAAUGUGCUCUUUGAUUUUGCCUUUACCAAUAUGGAUGUGUACCGUGGUGAAAUAUUUUAUAACACAACAAAAAUAUCACAAUUGAUUGGAAGUAACCAUGGGUUGGAUAUAUGCAAAUCUAUGCAGUUAUCACAAGAUCUUUCCUCUACAAAGAAUAGGUGUAGGAACGACUGAGUUAAAAUUGAGGGAUAUCCAGUUGGAGUUUCUCAAGGUCCAAUAAGCAAGGAAGGGUUGAUAAAAGCCCUUGCACAAAAAGUUCAAAUAAACCAGAAUUUUAGACAGCAAGCUAAAUAAAUUUUGUAAAGUUGCACUAUAUUAGGUUUGGUAUUAUUUAGGUAUUGUAGUAUGCUUUGUAAAUAAUAUAUUCCAAAUAUUGUUCAACAUUAAUCACUAUGAAAUGAAUUUCUAGUAUAAAAAAGUAGCUUCCAAAAUUUGUCAUAGUUUAUUAUAAUUUUAAGUAGUGAAAUUAAAUGAAUAAUGAAAGUGUUAGUUUGACGGAUGCACAGAUGAGAGAGAAUUAUGGAAAUGAAAGUCAGGGCGGAGAGGUGUGAGCAGUGGUUGUAAUAUGAGACUUGGUUCUUUCUCAAAUCCUUGCUGGAAUGCAGGAUGGUUCUGUUUUCUGUGCUGAUAGUGCCAUUUCCAAGAUGACCUUCAGCAGGAUUAGGCUUCCUGGCUCACGCCUGGAGUUAAAAGGAGCCUUACGCGUGAUCUUCCCACAUACCAAAAUAACCAAAAGCUUUGGGUUUGACAUUUUUCUGCCUGCUUUACAAAGGCCAUUUAUUUUUCUCUUUUUUUACUUUUAUUAUCAUAUAUUCUACAUGACAUUAUAUAAAAUGAUUAAAAUAUAUUCAAACAUCACCCACAAUCCAGGAUAUUUUUCUAUAAAACUUUUUGAAAAUAGUUCUAGCUAUAAUGUAUAUUCAAUUUUAUAUCCUUCCUUUUUCACUUACUAUAUCAGUGGCUUUGUUCUCUUACUUACAAGGUAUAUGUAUUUAAUUAGUGGCUGCAUAAUAUUACAUCAAAUGGGCAUUUAUUUAAUCACCGCCCUAAUUAAACAUGUAGGUUAUAUCCAUUUUUUACUAAAACAAAUAACAUUUCAGAGAAUAUCUUAGCACUUUUAACCUUUUUCCAUAUUUUAAAUUAUUUCCUCAGAAUACUUGCCAAGAAUUGGGAUUACAAAAUUAAAGAACUU